AUGGUGCCAUCUUCUUCCGCCCAGGCUGCCCCCGGAGGUGCUCCAAUAGCAGGCUGCUUUCCAGUUCUGUAUGUCCUCACUGUCCCUGUAGGUCUUCGUGUGCUGCUCUUGUCAGGAUGCUCCUGGGUGGCGGUCUCUGCUCUUUGUACCUCGAGCUGCCCCCUUCUGCGAACUCUGGAUGUUCAGUGGGUUGAGGGACUGAAAGAUGCACAGAUGAGAGACCUGCUGUCACCUCCCACAGAUAACAGGCCAGGUCAGCUAGACAACAGGAGUAAGCUGCGUAACGUGGAGGACCUGCGUCUGGCAGGGUUGGACAUCACAGACACAUCUCUGCGCCUCAUCAUUCAUUAUAUGCCCUUGUUGUCCAAGCUGGACCUCAGCUAUUGUAACCACGUCACUGACCAGUCUGUCAACAUCCUGACUGCUGCAGGGACGACCACCAGAGAUUCACUCACUGACAUCAACCUGUCAGUCUGUAACAGGGUCACAGACCAGUCGCUGACCUAUUUCAAGCGCUGUGGAAGCAUAUGUCAUAUCGACUUGCGAUACUGCAAACAGGUGACCAAAGAAGGAUGUGACCAGUUCAUCGCAGAAAUGUCAGUCAGCGUGCAGUUUGAACUAAUAGAAGAGAAACUACUGCAAAAGAUCAGCUAGGUAUGGGAACAUGGAAGGCCAUGUGACAUCGCCAUGUGGUGAAGCCUGCUCCCCACACGGCGGCAGCAGAUGACUGUGUGCUUGUGGGGAAAGCUGCUGUUUCUGCAGACUACUGAACACUGUAAAAGUGAUGUAAAGGGAAGCUGCGCUGCUAAGCUAGAAUGUAAAAACGAAAUCUUGUCCAACAAAGGCAAUAUUGCAAAAAUGUUUUUGUUGUUGUUUGCACCUGUUUAUAAGCUAUUUAUUUCUUUAUGUUGAUUGUUUAUGUGUUGUAUCAUGAUUAUCUUUUGGUGUUCAUACAUGUCAGUGCCCUGACAAAGGUACUGUACAUUUUGUACGUUUCGUGUAUAUAAUGUUAUUUUGUCCUUGUGGAUGAGAUAUGUAGAAGAAAAUUUAAAAAGUUAUUUGCACUGAUACAGUAAAUAUGAAUACAUGAAUGUAUUCACACAUACACUAAACAGUGUACAGUGUAUAAAGUAUAUUUUUUUCAACACUAAAUUGUUCUGCUAAUCCUACUAACAGCUUGUACUGUAGUUACUGGGUUAUAUUAAGGUAUACCUGCAUACAAAGUUGACUGUCAGUCUCCAUCACUCUUUAGUAUUAUUGGUGCUUUGUAAAGGGAGGCUUUUUAUCUCUGCAUGCAGCGAAGAAAUCUGUUUACACGCCAGUCAGUAGAUCUGGUUACUGUUAAACAAUAUAACCACUUGUUUACUCCUGGUUUUAGCUGAACUACAUAAGAUAAAAUGAGACUUGGUGCUGAAUGAUGCAAGAAAUAAAGAAAAGCCCAGGGUUAGAAUAUUUUAGAUGCAACUGCUUUCUUCUGUGAACCAUAAACGGCAAAAACAUAAAAAAUGUUUUUGCAAUUUGCUGUCUUCCUCCAAUGCACUUGUCAUACAAUCAAAGGUGUGCAGAGUUUUGUCAGUUUUUUCAUGAGCCAUAAAUUGUAAUCAAACAGACAAGAGGCAAAAAGAUGAAUAAAAAAGGACUGUUUCUCUGCUUUUUCACAUUUAACCUUGUUUAUAGCAUAUACCCCAAAAUCCCAGUGACCCCAGAAAUUUGGUAGUAGCAUGGGGACGGGUUCUGUUUCUAAUGGCAGGGAAAGAACAGAUUUUAUUCAAAACAUAAACCAGAAUCAGUCAAGCAAAUCCAUGCCAGUCUCCAGGCGUGGGUUCAGACCCCCAGGUCAAAAACUCUGUCCUAGGGCCAAAGACAAUAUACAGAGUUGUUUACUACAUAGAGGUUCAUAGGCUCUGUAUGUGUGUACUCCCUGUGCUAUAUGUGAAAAGCCUACAAAAGCAUCUUUC